CCAACAUAACCUGUAAGAUCUUGACCAAAAAAGUAAAAUUACGUAAUAAACAAUAGUUUUUAUUUAUUAAACAGUAAUUUUUUAGAUAUAAAAAUGGUCAAGGCUUCCGAGACAGGGGGCGUGAAGCCCAUGUCGAUAGCAGGUCGCUUUGUAAACGAGAGAGAACGUUUACUUGGAAUGACAGCUGCAGAACGAGACUUUCGCAAACAGUGGCUAAAAGACCAAGAAUUGGCCCCUUCUGAACCGAAACCUGUCCCCGAAAUGUAUAAAGCUACCCAUAAUCCAAUAAGGAGAUUCUACAGAUAUCCUCUAGAUACGUUAGGUAAAAUGUUGGAACCUACUCUGGGAUUACAGAGUGCUGCUAGAGUGAGAUAUUUCACCGGAAAAAUUCUUUUGGGUAUUGCAGGUGCUUAUGUCUUAACCUACUAUGUUAAAUACAAUAGCAAUGACUGGACUCGUAAAACCGGAAUGAGAAUACUCAAGUCUAAUAUAUCGGUACAUGAAGGAGAUCCUGGUUAUCCUAGUAUAUCUCAAAGAAGUAAACCAUCAGAAUAUGGCGAUCGAGGAUUCAAUGAUAACAAAUUAAACUUGUAGUAUAUUUAUAUGAAAAUAUUUAGUGUUCGUUUUAGGAUCAAUUAUUUGUUGCUGGCAAAUUUUAAUCAUAACAUCUUUGUAAAAUAAAGUGCAAGGGCUAUUAUGU